AUGUCAACAAAACCUAUCCAGCUUUUAUCACCAGUUGCCUUUAGAGCUCUACUUGGGACAGCGAGAUCAGACGCCAGAGUCAUUCCAAUUGAUGGAUCAUGGUACAUGCCAAAUAAUCCUCGAGACUCUAAGGCUGAUUUCAUCAAAGAAAGACUGGAAAAUGCUAAAUUUUUCGAUUUGGAUGCAGUUAUUGAUAAAACCUCCCCUUAUCCCCACAUGUUACCAACAGUGGAAGAAUUUAAUUCUGGUGUAUCACGGAUUGGGUUGAAAAAAACAGACAAGUUGAUAGUUUAUGAUAAAGCUGGUAAUUUUUCCGCUCCUAGAGUUGCAUGGACUUUUCAAGUUUUUGGCCAUAAACAUGUCUAUUUGUUGAACAAUUAUCUUGAGUAUGAGAAAUUCAAAUACCCAAUUGAGCAUUUUGAGUCUACAAAUCCGUCAGAUACUUCAGAGUACAAAUCAUCAGGUAUAGAUAGAGAGGCAUUUGUGACUUUUGAACAGUUUUAUGACAUUGUAUCAAACGAAGACCAAAGAGAAAAAUACAACAUCCUGGAUGCAAGAUCUCAUGAUAGAUUCACAGGCGAGGCACCUGAACCAAGACCAGGUUUACCAAGUGGACACGCACCAGGAGCAAAAUCUCUUCCGUUUCCAAAAGUCCUUGGUGAAAGUAAUUUGUUUUUAGAACCAUCUGCUUUGAAAGAGGUUGUUAAAUCAACAGGGUUUGAUCCUGAAAAACCAACCAUUGUGAUGUGUGGUACCGGUGUCACUGCUUGUAUUUUGAAGGCUGCAUUAGAUAGUGCCGGUCUCAGCAAGAGUGGGAUUCAGGUCUAUGAUGGUAGCUGGACUGAAUAUGCUCAAAGGGCUGGCCCUGAAAUGAUUAUCAAAGGAGAGUAA